AAAGUUUACUUUUCUCUGUUUGUUUUUGUGAAUUUUAUGAAUAUAUAUACAACUGUAUUCGUAAAAAAGAUGUGCAACAAUAUUUAGCAGUCGAUGUGACUUUAAUAACUACCAAAAUGAGUAAAAUGUAUAAGACUGCUGCUGUCAAGACUAAAAGUUUAGGAAAUCAUCAACGAACCUUCAAAGCUCAUGAUGCAGAACAAAAGCAUGUCACGAUGAGCCCUUCCAACGAAGUUAUAAUGUUCGGCCAAGAUCACAUUGUAGAAGUCACAGUAAAAAAAAAGAAUAAAGGUCAGAAACGUACUUCACCUGUAGCAAGUUGUAGCUAUGGACAGAAAGCAGAGAAAAUAAGAUCUACAACUGAUAGUAAAACUCCAUCAAACUGGAGUAAUGUUUUUAGUCAGAAUUUGUUACAUGUAACAAAACAACAGUCUUCUAAAUAUAGUGGAAAAGAAGCGGAAAAGAAUAUAAAUGCUAAAAAACAACAGAAAAGUACUAUCAAACAUCCUCCUAUGAAGUCAGAUGAAAAACAUUCACCAUCGUGCUGUUCAUCAAUUCUUGUUCAGGAUUGUGCUGUACAAUGUUCUGAAUAUGAUUUCAAUAAAUUUACUGAUUUUAAUCCAGUACACAUGUUACAUUUAAUAAGACAGUUAAAAGAGUUAGUUAAUAAAAAGGAUAAAAGAAUCUGUGAAAUCUUUAGUGAGAUGGAACAAAUAUUGCAGAAGAUACCGGAUCUAGAAACCAAAGUAGAAUUCAGUGCAGUUCCACUAAAGGAAUCUGGUAAAAAGAUAAAAACUGUGUCGUAUGAAUCGUUCAUAUUAGAACGAGAAAGAUUAAAAAGUGAAAUUCGAGAGCGAGAUGAACGACUAAAGGAAGUUGAUGAAAAAUACGCAGAGUUAACAUUUCAAGUAGAGAUGCUUACACAGCAAUUGGAAGAAGUAACUUAUAAGAAGAAUGAUACAAUAUCAAGGCUAAUGCAACAAAUUGAAAACAAUGAACGAACAAUUACAGAUUUAAAAAUGAAUCUAAAUAAGCAAACAGAACUUGUACGAAAAAAUGACAUUGAUAACAAAUGUUUAACAAUGGAAAUACAUAAACUUUCAGCGUUAUGUUCUAAUAGAGAUACACAAAUUAUUGAUUAUAGAAAUACAAUACAAGAGCUACAAAAUCAGAUUGAAAAACAUUUAAAAACCCUACACGAGAUAUAUAUGAAAGAAGGAAAUACAAGCCCUUACAUAUCGUUAAUUCAUACAGGGCAUGCAUGUUCGUCUCCUACCUCAAGUUUUUCUAAUGGCUUUAAUAAAUCCUGGAAUGAUUUAUCAGACAUUUCUUCCGAAGAUUCCGUUCCUAAAGAAAAUGUUUUAAAAGAAGAUGUGCCCGUUAAAGAUUUCGAACUCGUUAGUUUACUUGAUGGAGAAUCAUCACAUACUAUACUGCCGGAUCAAAAUGAAGUUAAGAACGAUAAAAAAUCAGCAAAGCAAAAUAAUAAUGAAAAUAAUACUGCUUGCCAAAAUAUGAACGCGAACGAUGUAACCACGAAAAAAUCCUUGCAUCAAUCUUCAAAGAAGGAUGACAAUAAAGAAAAUGACAUUCAUAAAAUGAGAAAGUAUACAACGCUUAAGGAAAAACAAAAUGAUUACACCAAAAAUUUGUUUUUGAAUGCAUCAAAAGUUCUUGAAAGCAUUACAAAAUCAACAGUUUCUGACAUAAGGAAGCAAGGCGAUAUGCAAAAUAGGAAACCUGUUAAUGUACCUAGUCCAUUACGGGACUGUCCACAUCCUGAUUGGAGCGACAGUAGUUUACCUAGCAUUAGUACUGUCUCCGACUUGGACAUGAUACCCUCAAAUGAUGUUUAAAAAACUAUAUGCUCAAAGGAGAAUGAUCACUGGAUUCUCAAACAUAUUAUUCUCUAUAGGAAUUAUUAAUAUAAUUCCCAUUGACUGAGUAUACAUAAGCAUGAAUUUAUAUCUUGUUGCAAAACUGUGAUAAACUCAUAAUGCACAUUCUACUUAAAUAAUGAAAUCUAUGAAAGAUAGCACGAUAUACAAAUAAAAUUGCUUGAUAAUCACGAUAUUUUAAAAACGUUAACAUGUCAAAGACAUAAUUUGCACAUACACAUCUUAUUAAAAUGAAAUUGU